AGAGGAGGAGGAAGAGGAGGAGGAAGAGGAGGAGGAAGAGGAGGAGGAAGAGGAGGAGGAAGAGGAAGAGCUGCGCCACAGGCGGGGGCGGAUGGGAACGCCCCCCCGCAGGAUGGCGGAGGGCUGGGCCGAGUGCCCGGCGCUGGGGCCGGGCUGGCAGCGCCGCGAAGCUUUUCGGAAAUCCGGAGCCACCAGCGGCCGCAGCGACACCUACUACAGGAGCCCCACAGGGCAGAAGUUCCGCAGUAAGAUCGAGCUGCGGCGGUUCCUGGGCCCCGGGCACGACCUGAGCAACUUCGACUUCAAAUCGGGGCUGGAGCGGCCUGGCCCCACGCGGCCCAGGAAGAGCCCGAAAUGGCACCAGCCCGCCGGGCCCCUCCCGGAGCCCCCCAAAAUCUUCAAAAAGGAGGAGGAGGAAGAGGAGGUGGAGGUGGAGGUGGAGGUGGGCGGGGCCGAGACCGAGAAGGCCCCGCCCUCACCAGUCCAGGCCCCGCCCAUCGCCGUCCAGACCACGCCCCCUGCUCUCCAGGACACGCCUCCUCUGAUCGAUGCCACGCCCCCUUCGGCCGUGGCCACGCCCCCACCGGAGCCCCCCCACCGCAGGACCCGGAAGCGGCCGCCCCUGGAGCCCACCCAGGAUGGGGUGGUGGCGCUUUGUGCCGGCUGCCAGAGCCUCUUCCCGGGGGUGUCACUGCCCCCCCAGCGCCGCUGCCGCUGGCUCUGCCCCGAGUGCCGUGCCCAGAGACGAGACUUCAACCGGGAGCAGCGAUUCUACAAGCGGGUGGGCUGCGGCACGUGCCAGGCCUGUCGCAUCCCUGAGGACUGCGGGAUCUGCAGCGCCUGCGCCCGCAACCCCCCCGGGGGCCCCUCCGGGCCCGGCCGGACCCCCAAGUGCCUCCUGCGCCGCUGCCUGCGCAUCGUCAAGAAGGGUCUGGGCUGCGGCUCCUGCUCCGGCUGCCUGAGCACCGAGGACUGCGGCAGCUGCUGCAUCUGCCUGCGGCGCCUGCAGCCCGGCCUCAAGCGCCAGUGGCGCUGCCUGCGGCGCCGCUGCCUGCGCCCCAAGAAAGCCAGGGUGGCCAAGAAGCCGCAGAGCGCCCGACCCCUGACGGAGAAGUGGAAGCCCCUGGUGGAGCGGGAGCCCGGCGACGCCUCCAGCGCCAGGCACAGAAAGCCGCUGACCAAGGGCAAGGAGAAGAAGAAGCCGGGGCGACCCCCGAAGGCCCCCGGGCCCCGCGGGCGGGGGGCGCGGAGCCGGGCCAGCCGGCGCUGCGGGGCGUGCACAGCCUGCCGGCGCCUGGCCGACUGCGGCCGCUGCGACUUCUGCCGGGACAAGCCCAAAUUCGGGGGGCAGAACCUCAAGCGCCAGAAGUGCCGCUGGAGGCAGUGCCUGCGCUGUGCCAUGGAGAAGCAGGAGCCGCUGGGGGGGGCUGAGAACAGCCCCGGGCCCAUCCCGGGCCCCCCCCUGCGCCUCUGCCCCAUCAAGGAGGAGGCAGGACCCCUCCCCCGCCUCGAGGUGAGACCCCCCGGCUGCCUGGGACCCUCCCUGGACCCCUGGGACCCCCCUGUGACCCCCCCUGCCCCCCAGGACCCUCGCCUGGGGCUCCUCAUCGCCUCGGCCCCUCGCCUCAAAGGGGCCCCCCCGGAGCCCAGCGUUGCCCCCCAAAGGCCCUCCCCGGGCGAUUUGGGGGUCCUGAUCGCCGCCACCCCCCGCGUGAAGCAGGAGCAGCCCCAGCCCAGCGCGUCCCUGGUGCCGGUGCCCCCCCAGCCCCCCCCUGCCCAGCUGGUGGUGCUGGACGAGAGCGAGGAGGAGGAGGAGGAGGAAGAGGAGGAGGAGGGCGGCAGCCGAGUGCCCUUCCCGCUGCCUCCCGCUCCACAGCUCUGGCCCGGCUCCUUCCUGGAGGAACUGGCCGAGAUCCCCCUCCCGGCUCACUGGGGCGUGGUGGGGGCUGACGGUGGUCCCGGGCCGUGCCCUGCGCGGGGUCUGCGGCUGGUUCAGCGCUGUCCCCGCUCCUCCAUGGCCGCGGCCGCCGUGCUGCUCAACCCGGGCUUGGCUUUCCGCGUCCUGGUGGCCCGCGGCCGCCCGGUGCCCCCCGGGCACGAGGUGCUGGCCCGGCGACCCCCCCUGCGCUCCGUGCUGGACCUGGUGGAGCUGCUCUGUGAUCUCGAGGCCUACGGGCCCUGCCCGGGACCCCCGGGACCCCCGGCCCGGCCCCCCGCCCCCCGAUGCCACGUCCUGGUGAGGGGGGGGCGCUGCUGCCGGCCCUGCCAGAUGCUGGGGGGGGAGGGGCAUUGAGGGAGGGAGGGGGGAGGAUUUUGGGGUGGGGGGAGCAAA